AUGAUUACGCUAAAACUGACUGUCAACGGUAGUGUCCCGCGGGUACAUUAUAUGCAAACACAGGUAUAUGAUGUACACAGAUUUGAGGCAUGGUUAAGGAAUGAAUUUCUAUCGAACAUUUAUAAUCAGGUUUGGUAUAACGGACUUGAAGAGAAAAACGACGUGUACAUCGAAAACAAAAUGUCCAUACUGGUUCCUGCGAAUCCCCUCCUAAAAUCAUUUCAACUUGCUACUACGAAUAUUCCUCAGACAGAUCCAAAUACAGACGUUAACUACACUUUAACCAUCAGCCAGUCAAGCUGUUUAUAUUGGUCAGAGAAAACAGAAACGUGGACUGCGGAAGAUUGCAGGGUAAACCAAGAUUCAAACACCACGCAUCUGGUAUGCCUGUGCAAUCAUUUGACAUCUUUUGGUGGAAACUUCAUCCAAGCACCGAAUCCAAUUGACUUCGACAAAGUUUUUACUGAGUUUUUAAACCUUGCUGAAAGUGGCAAUAUUUCAGUACUUGUGACAAUUACUUGUUGUUUCCUUCUGUACUUCGUCGUAUUGAUCGUUGCAAGAAGAGCCGACAAGGGAGAUGAAGAAAAAAUUUGCCCUCCUAAAUUGAUAUCAGUUGUUGAGGGAGGAACAUAUUACUACGAUGUGGUUAUAAGCACUGGUGUUUGGAAACAUUCAGCAACAACAGCUAACAUAAUCAUGAGUAUCAAGGGCGACAAUAACGAGCAGAGUCAAAUUCCCUUGCGAGAGAAAGGGGACACGAGCCAGUUUUUCGGACGAGGGAGUAUCAAUGGCUUUGUUCUGGUGAUGGCUGAAUCCAUUGGCACAUUAAAAGAAAUUACUUUGGAACACGAUAAUCUGGGUGAUAACCCGUCUUGGUUUGUGGAGACUGUGGUCAUCAAAGACCGGCAGACGGAAGAAAGGUGGGUGUUUCCCAUAAAUAGAUGGCUUGCGUUGGAGAGAGACGACGGUCAAAUAGAGGUUACCGUGGACAGCACGACUUACUCUGCCUUCUCGGCUCAGGUUCGUUCGCGCUUUGCUCGAAAAAUUGCCGACAGUCACCUGUGGAUGUCAGUGUUUGGAAAAGCAUGUAGCAGCACCUUCACACGUGUGCAAAGAGCUUCAUGUUGUCUUUCAGUUCUGUUUAGUGCAAUGAUAGCUAAUGCCAUGUUCUAUAACAUUGGUGGUGAAUCCGAUGGUGCUAUACAGGUUGGGCCUUUCAAGUUUUCUUGGAGACAGAUUGUCAUCGGAGUACAAAGUGGUAUUAUCAUUGCACCUAUAAACAUAAUAAUUGCCUUCCUGUUUAAGUCUAGCAGACCGAGGAAGAAAAGGAGUGAAAAAUACCAAGUUACAGGCGAGGCCCAACGACUUUUGGAUGAAAUAACGAACACCGGUUGUAUGCUUCCUCAUUUCUUUGUCUAUGUAGGCUGGUUUCUCUGCUUCUGUACGACUAUGGCAGCAGCAACAUUUACGCUGUUUUACAGUCUAAUGUGGGGAAAGGAAACCUCUGAGCAGUGGCUUGCUUCCAUCUUGAUUUCCAAUGGACAAGAUAUUUUCGUUAUGCAGCCUACGAAAGUUAUGAUUGCAGUCAUCGCUAUUUCCUUUCUCCUGAUCAGAAAGAAUAAAGACCAACGUGAAGACGAAAAAGAGGAAAUUGCAAUCGAUCCACUUGCAAUUGAAAUAGACUUUGUAAGUGAUGAUCCCAAACAGCGAUUUAAGAAAUAUCAGCGGGAAAAGAUGAGGGAGAGAUCAAAAAGAGAAGCUCAGUUAACAAGCAUGACAAGAGACAUUAUCCUUCAUCUGAUAUUUAUGUUUCUUCUGGCUAUCGUUUCUUAUGGAAACAAGAAUGGAAAUCGUUUCCUGAUGACAACUGAGAUUAGAAAUCGGUUCACUAAAUUCAAUGUGGUAUCUGAUGCACAAAGAUUUGAAGCGUGGUUAAGGAACGAAUUCCUAUCAAACAUUUAUAAUCAGGUGUGGUAUAACGGACUUGAAGAGAAAAACGACGUGUAUAUCGAGAACAAAAUGUCAAUACUGGUAGGAAUGCCUUGGUUGCGACAGCUCAGAAUUAAAAAAGGUUUUUGCGAGUCCCCUCCUAAAAUCAUCUCAACUUGCUACUACGACUAUUCCUCAGACAGUGAGGACACUACUCCCCUAAGUCUUCCCGGCUGGAAGCUUCUUCCCUUCAACACAUCAUGGCCAAAUGCUUUAGAAAUGUGCCCGAAACCUUGGCGAUACCAAUCAGCAGCAGAACUCCGCAACCAUCCUAUCCAGGCGGCAUACAAUUCAUAUGAAGGGGGUGGUUAUGCAGCUGUCAUGGGAUAUGACGAAGCCACUGCCCAAGGCGUCCUCGACGAAACUAUUGGCCACGGUUGGCUUGAUCGCCAGACUCGAGUUGUUAUUCUAGAGUUUGCUGUUUUCAAUGUCAAUACAAACUUGAUUAGCGUUGCCACAUUGUUUUACGAGGCCAUAGCUACUGGUGCAGCCUACACUACAAAGAGAAUUGAAACAGUCGAGUUGUACAGCACUGAGUCAGGAGCUCUGAUGUUUUUCUUAAUUGGCCAGUUUCUGUUCAUGGCAAUGGUCCUCUUUUACCUCAUGGUUAUGUUAGUUCACCUUUAUCAACAACGCGUCAGGUUCUUCAAGUCUGUUUGGAACAUAGUGGAUUUCUUCUUGAUAAUUUUCUCUGUAGCAUCUGUAGCAUUCUACAUGAUCAGAGCCAAAAGCGUUUUGAACACUAUCAAAUCUAUUCAAGCCAAUCCAUAUGAAGUCAUGCAUUUCCACGCAGCCUUAGAUUGGCUUAACCUUGAAAAUGCGUCUAUUGCUGUUGCUGUUUUCAUGGUGACAGUCAAGCUUCUGAAUCUAAUUCUCAAGCUUCUGAAUCUAAUUCGUUUUAAUCCACAUGUGAUAUACUUGUUUUCAUCUUUUCGGCAGUCUGUAGGCUAUCAACUCUCGUAUAUGUUCUUCUUUCUAAUCGUGUUUAAUGCAUUUGUCGUAACGGGUAUGCAGUUAUUUGGUGGUAUAGUCCUUGAGUAUUCUAGUUAUCUUAAUGCUGUAAUGUCACAAUUCGAAUUCCUGUUAGGAAAAGCGGUUCCGUUACAUGCUCUGCGGAGCGACAAACCCUUUAUUGGUCCUACGUUUGCGUUUUUGUUCUGUCUGUCCACUACUAUUUUCCUAAUGAAUAUGUUAGUUUCUGUACUCAAUGAUUCCUAUAGUGACGCCAAAGCAAACGCCGAGGAAAGCGCAGAAGAGCUUGAAAUGGCGCGCUUCAUUGAAGAACGUGUAAAGGAAAUGUUUCAUGAAGGGAGCAGUGGGACGGAAUUUAGGUUAUUUUGUGAUGAGACAACUUUUGUUAACAUGUGUUUUUCUGAAGCAGAGCCCUUCUGUUUGAAUUCUGAAGCUAUUAUUCGGAGCACAGAGUUACGAAUGGAAAACGUGGAGAAAAGACUGUCUGCUCUCACUAAACGAACAGAAAGCAUGGAAGCUGACCUCUUACAGGAGAAAAAUGACUUUAUGAAUCUCCUGCACACAAUAGUAUAUUCUUUUGAACACGUUCCAGACAGACAAUCAUAGGUUGAUCCCUGAAAUAGAAAGUCCUCCUACUUAUUCCUAUGAAGAUACAAUUAUGUUAAUCGUGAUGAGCA